AUGAAGGACGAAGAGAGCCUCGAGUGCUUAUGCAAGCUGCUCACCACCAUUGGAAAAGACCUUGAAAAUGAUAACGUGUCUCUGGAGCCGAUUUUCAAGGGUAUCCGCGACGUAGUCGAACAACGCCCCAUCAAAGUGAGCUCGCGCGUGAAACUCAUGCUGCAAGACGUGAUGGAUCUGCGCAGCGCCAACUGGAUGCCGCAAAAACAUGACGCGAACCCCAAGAUCCAGAAGGAGGCGGACACCAACGAAAACACCACCUUCAGCGCCACGAGCAAAGAUGCAGUCCCGAAGACAAUCAGCAGAAAGGAGAAGCUCGACGUUGAGAGCUUGGUCAAGAACAAUCCGCCUCCAACGGUUUCGGCGGCCCCUCAAGCCAAACUGGUUCAGGUCAAAAACGAGGCCAAAGCCAAAGAGACCAAGGCCAAAACCCUUCAAUACGAAGACGAUUCCAAUUAUAUGGUGCGACCGCAGCAACAGCCUGCGAUGCCAAGUCUGCCGCAACGGCGAUUCAAACGGGGCAACAGACCGAACGCCAUCUCCAUCAUAGACCCUGACACAGGCAAAGACAGACUAAACGAGGUAUUCGGCGAAAACUCGGACUCUGAAAUGCAGACGACGUUCGCACGCCAGACGGGGAGGAACCACCGCGCGCAGCAGCACUUCAGCGUGCAGAGCGAUAAAUUGAAGAGCAAGCCGCCGCAGAUGGAGGAGAUGUCGCUGGGCAGGGUCAACUUGUUCAACACGUGGGGAAAAGGUUCCAACAUUAAAAAUGUGGUGGCUCCGCCGAUGGGGGCGCAAUCGAACAACAUCUACGACGCGCUGGAAAAGGCGAACUCCGGGGAUAGAGGCGGCGGAGGAGGGAAGCAGCGCAAGAACAACGUCGGGGACGACGGGUGGAUACAGACGGGGAGGAACCACCGCGCGCAGCAGCACUUCAGCGUGCAGAGCGACAAGCUGAAGAGCAAGCCGCCGCAGAUGGAGGAGAUGUCGCUGGGUAGCGCCAACUUGUUCAACACGUGGGGAAAAGGUUCUAACAUUAAAAAUGUGGUGGCUCCGCCGAUGGGGGCGCAAUCGAACAACAUCAACGCCGCUCUGGAAAAUGCGAACGAAAGCGAUUCGUACACGCAAGAGAAGAAAUCCGGAGGCGGCAGCAACAGACGCGCCGCUCCCGUACAAAGUUAUCAGAAAUUGGAGUUCCUAAAUGAUGCCAACACACCAGUGGGUGAAGGCGAAUUCACUUGCGACCGAAUUCAGGCAGAAAUUACCAAAUUCUUCCUCGACAAAAAGAACGUUGACAAACUUCACAGCUUGGGUUAUAAAUUACAGUAUAAAAAUGAUGCCAACACGCCAGCGGGUGAAGGUGAAUUCACUUACGACCAAAUUCAGGCCAAACUCACAGAAUUCUUCAUCAACAAGAAGAAUGUCGACGAAAUCGGCAGUUGUAUUGGUGCAAAUGUGGGUGACAGGGUGAAAGAAAACAAAUUCAUUCGCGCUCUGGUGACCGCCAUUUUAAAGGACAGCAUCAAAAAGGAUUCUCUUAGCGUGGAAAUCUUCCACCGUCAUUUGGUGCUGCUGCAAAAGUACAUCGACAACAAUUCCGAGUCCGAGCUCCAAUGUCUCUACGCGGUGCAGAGCCUAGUCAACGAGAUGGGACAUCCGAAAGGUCUUUUGUUAUCGAUAGUACAUAAUUUGUACGAGCCGUGGGCGAUUUCUCUGGAAAGUUUCCUGGCUUGGGAAGCCAGCACCGAUCCUGCUGAGCAGGCUGGAAAAGGUGUGGCCCUCAAGCAGCUUAACCAGUUUUUAACCGAACUGAAGGACGACCAGGAGGACUUCUCAAUUUACUAA